UCUGUCCUUCAGUUUUCUAUAAAUAUUCCAAAGCUCUCCUCUCUCUCUUCUUUCUCUCUUGCUGCUCCCUCUCCUCUCCCUCCCCCUUUUAGUGUUUGUCUAUUUUUCCGUACACACACUCCCACAUCUUCCUUUUUCCUCUGCUGCUGUAGAGAAAUGUAAUUUUUGUGGGAUGAAGCAGCAGAAUAAACAGGCCUGCUCUGCUUAUUAUGUUAGCCAUUUCUGCAAGGCUGCACAUUCAGAGGAAAUUCUUGAAAUUCAGAUCACAUUCAGAAAUCUUCCCUUUCGUUUUUUAGCAUUUCUCCCAGUCACAAUCACUGCAGCAAACAAGCAGAUUUUAUCAUUAAAUGAACUGCCAGAUAAACGGCACAGAGCUCCGUGUGCCCAGCGCCGUCCUCCCUGACCUAUCAGCGUGCCACCUAUGAAGUCAGCGGUGCCCAACCCCCACCCUGAACACAUGUUCAACAUCCUGUGGGCAAAAGCCGAGCGCGGCACCGACACAGCUGAGAAUCGGAGAGGAAGCAGUGACGUAGAAGCAUGGCCGAGCAUCAGAAGGACAGAAAUAGAGCGAUAAGGCAGUGAAUUAGGCAGGGGGGAGGAGUGGAGGCAGCGUCUCGCUGAGGAGCCAGUGCUUCAUGCAGACGAGGAUUCCUGCAGCAUCUGAUCAGGUUCAGAUGUGAAAACCUCGUGGAUGUAAGUUUGGUUGGAAUACAGCACAUCUGGACCAGACGAAGGAUGCGGCUGAGGCUGGAUGUUGGGAUCUGAGCAGGCCUGUGCCCCCCCCCAGGAUGGCUCCAGCUGCAAUGACCCACAUCGUGGAGUCGUGGCUCUUCUCUGUUCACUGCUCCUCGGCUUCUUUCUAAAAGUGAUGCAGACGAGGAAUGCCGGGUUGAAGCUCUGCAGAGACGUCUCAGCCUGCUGACUGCUGGCAUCUGUUUCCGUGGAAACCCACAAGCUACGACACCAAUCCUGUUCCAGAACAAUAAUCCCUGCAGAGCAAACAGCGUCCCAGCGUGGAGCGAAAGGAGGAGGUGGAACAGGGCGUAGCAGAUGGUGACGCUGCAGCAGAACUUCUCCAGCAUGGAGGAGACGGUGAGAACGCUGCUACAGAACCAGGACCCACUGGAAGGGCCCACAGUGGAUCCGCUGGACUUGAUGAAAGCCUAUAAGGAUAAACUCCUGGAGGAGAUGUGGAAACAGCAGGACAGUCUGGAGGGUCCCACUGCCACAGAGACGCCCGCUUCACCGGAGGCUGGAGACGGAUCAGAGGACAGCAGCACCCUGCUGGAACGCCUCCGAGCACUGGAGGCAGAGAACUCGGCGCUGUCGGUGGAAAACGACAACCAGAGGAAACAGUAUGAGCGCUGCCUGGAUGAGGUGGCUAACCAGGUGGUCCAGGCUCUCCUCACACAAAAGGAUCUGAAAGAGGAGUGUGUGAAGCUGCGGACUCGCGUGUUUGACUUGGAGCAGCAGAACCGAAUCCUGAGUGUCCUGUUUCAGCAGCGCGUCAAAACGUCCACAGCCUCCGUCUCUCAGGAGGUCCAAAGAAACGGAAAAGCAGGAAUUCCAGCUGGGCGAUGGCCAAGUCUUUUGAGCCUGACAUGUCCACGCAGCAGCGGAAGCGGCAGCGAGCUUUCACUGUCGAGUGCCUGCAGUGAGUACUCCAGUGGGUCUCAUACCUGGGCAGAUGGCCGAGGUUUCUCCAAGCAGUGUGCCACAAGUCGGGACAAGAGGAUGAGCACUGGCUCAGUAUCUAGCAAUCAUUCAGCCUCCACUGAGCAAACAGAGCUGGGAUGGAAGGAGGGACAUAUUCUGAAAGGCCUAAAGCGCCUUCAGAUGAACAAGUUCAAAGAUUCAUCCUCGAUUGCAUCCGUGUCACACUGCAAAGACUGCAUGACCUCAAACGAGGGCAUAUAUUCUUCUGGAGUCAAGCUCUGCCAACAAGGGAUCACAGUCGCGAAGGUGGCCUCCACAAGUAAGGCUUUCAAGGCUGAUGCAGGGAUUGGCACCUUAGACUCUGAAGAUCCAUAUGAUGAAUCAUCUAAACUACCUACAAGGGAAUCCAGUGAUCACACACCAAAGGAUCAUCUUAGUUUGGACAAACUAGAUUUUUCUAAGGAUGAUGAUGAAAAUUUUAAAGUCGACUCUGUGAGUAUUUCAGCAGAUUCUGGUCUUUUUCCAUCUCCAGACUCAGAAAACCUCUUGUUCUUGGAAAGUCCCACACUAAAGCCUGGUGUAAGCCCAACUGACAGCCUGACACGUUUGGAAGAAACGGACAAGAACUCUCUAGGAAAACAUAAAGCAUCCAUUUUAAACUUCAGUGAUCGCAACAACAACCAAGAACGAUCUACUGACCGUAAAUCUAGACUUGACUAUAAUAAAAGACAACAAGGGAGGCCUUCUACAAAGCUAACAGAAGCAGAAGAAAACGAUGAAAGUUUCUCAAUCAGGCAUCCGGCAACAAAAGCUCUGAGUUGCAUGAAUGAAGCCAGACAACGCAGCUCCUCAAUGGAGGUUCCUCACAGCCGAGAUCAGGCAAAGGGAUACAGGGAUGAUGCCACCUCAGAAUCUCCUCAGAGGAAACCAAAACCUCAGUUUUGUGACUCAGCAAGGAAGGCAUUCAUCCUUCGAAGCAAGAGUGCAGACGGAGGGCAGGAACAACUUAAGCAUACACAUUCUCCUCUGCACCAAAAACUCAUUAAGGGUCAAAGACCCAAAGUACAGUCAGAGCCAAAGCCUUUGGGGCACAGUGUCCCAAGCAAAAGGAUAAAUCUAGAUAACAUCCAUGAUUCAAGCAAGGGCAUGCUAUCAAAACCUGAGAAAGAUGGAGACAUGACAGCAUCAACAAGCUCCAAGUCUCUAGAGAACAUUCAGCAGUUGUCUCCUGUUGUGUCCCCUGUCAAACAGUCAAAGAUUGUUAAGUCUCCAGGCAUCAAGAGUCCAACUAAAUCUGACUUACAAAUCACUCGAGUCUCAAGCAAUGGCUCGGGGGAAGAGAGCAUCUAUGACAAUCUACCCUGUUCGCCACUAAAGCAGCGACGCCAAGACCAUCACUGUGAUGUUUCUCAAAUGGAGCACAGGUCCCUUUCUCCUCCUUUUCCCCCAGGUCGAACCACUUCCCUCCUCCUUAGAAGCAGCUCUGAGAGUGCAGCCAAAGAUCAAAAACUGAUGGGUCAGAGACAAAGCUCGACCACAGGCAAGCCAGUCUCAACUGCAACCAGGACAAAGGAUUUCUGUUCAAUUUUAGAGAGUCGUACAUCCAACAUGAUGAGAAAUCUCCAACAUGCAUCCCUUCAAAUAGGUGUGGAUGGUAAACCAGUACAAGAAAUCUCUGCAAACAUCUACCAAACCAGUGCAUCAAAGCUUCCACCAGUCCCUAUUCAAGAAACCACAGAGUCCAUCCAGCUGUCUGCAGACAGAGAUGCCACAUGCUGUAAUGAAAAUGGAACUCCAUUUAUAUUAUCAACUCAGAGCAUCCUGCAACGAUCUCAGCAAAGUGUUAGUGAACCAAAACUUUCAGAAGUCCUUCCAAUUACGUUCCCUAAUGUUUACUACCACGGGAUAUCCUAUAACCCACAAACUUCGGGCGCACACGCUGUGAAAAGGACACUUCCUGUAAAUGCUAAAUCACAUGAGGCGAUCUGUGGACAGGACACAAGUACUUUCCUCAUUUUUGGAAGGCAAAACAAAGACGAUGGGAGAAGUCUGCAGACCUUCCAGACUUUCACGUGUGAUCCCCAGGUGAUACACGAGUGCGGUGCUCAUGACAAAGUUCACAGAAAGACUGAAACCCGCUGUAACUCGCUGGACUCUGACCCUGUUCAACCUGUUGCUUUAGACAGUGGUGGGAUGUUAGAUUGGGGAUUUGACGAGCAAGGCUGGCUGUUUAAACGGUCUGUGUCUGUGUCUACCAGACCUCUUCUCAAACCAGUGUUGGGCAUGAAUGGGGCCAAGGCUCGCAGCCAGAGCUUUGGUGCUCGCUACAUGGACAGACCGAGUUUCAACAGAUCUGGAAAGGUCCGUACCCAGAUCAAAACACACUCUGGAAGCUCUUUGAAUUCUCUCGGGGAUGUCCUUCCAGGAAGCAUGAGUUGCUCCAGCAGCUACCACUGUCCAAUGAAUCGAUCCCUUUUAAACAACUUUCUUAUUGAAGAAGGGCUGACAGCUCCUUCACAGUUGGGGUCUUCCAAUGAAAGACUUCAAAGUCUCAAACUCCAGCGGGAGCAGGCUAGGCGACUUCAGAUCGAGCAACAGUUUUCAAGUGCCUUCGGGGAGCCAGUCUCUGAAGAACCAGAAAGGCAGAGCACCAUUACCACUAUUGAAGAGAAAGUGAUGCUUGGGAUUGAGGAGAACCUGCAUAAGUCACAGGAGCAGGAGAGAACUAUUGAAGUCAAGCAAAAGUCUGGCUCAAGCCUUGCAAGUUGGUUUGGUUUUCGCAAGAGGAAUCUUCCUGCUCCGAGCAGCAGAAAGACCGAGCCACCAAAAGUCAAAGAAGAAAAGCGAGAACAAAAGAUUACGUCCCUUCUGGGAGGAAAGAAUACAAAGUCUGACAAAAAGAGAGACAGAAGAAAAAGUGAUGGAAAAGACAGCUCUGCGGGAAGAAGAGAGUCUCAUGAUGCGGUACGAGCUUGCAUCUCAAUGCCCUGCCCGGGAAUUUCUUUGACUGAGAUACAAGGACAUGCUACCAUCAUCAGAGACCCAAAGAUGCAGAUGAUGAACCGAAGAGCUGAUGGUGAGAAUGGAUCAGCGGUGAAGAGUCCAGCUCAGGAUGCAGUCAUAGGCUGCAAGAUGCGAACGUUGGACAGCGGAAUUGGGACCAUCUCUCUCCCAGAAUCCUGCUCCUUCUUCUCCUCCAUCCUGCAACUCCUCCCCAAAUCCUCCUCCAUCCCAGAACAGUCCCUCAGCCCCCCCAGCAUUCCUGGUUCCUCCAGCGAGGAGGUGUCUCCUUCCCCAUUACCUCGAUGGAGAAUACCCUCCAGCUUUAAGGACAGCGGCCACGCUGGGGUGCCGACCUCCCUGUCUGACUCUUCCAUGACCCACAUCCCAUCUGUGCCUUUCCCCACUGUGGCCUUCCUCCAGCCCCUUCAACCCUCGUCUGAACCCAUCAUGACCUCUACCAGUGUGUGUGACACCCAGAGCCGGCUACCCAGACUACCCAGAGGUUUAGGUGUUUUCUGCUCCAACAGGCUUCAGCAGAACACUCUAAAUGUGUACUUCAACCUUUGA